AAGCACAGCUUGAGCAAGCGUCACAGCAUCAUGGCUGGUCUGAAGAGCUGGUCUGUUUUGAUGAUUAUACUGUACAAUUUCUGCCACAAAUGUAUUCCAAGUGGAAUUUCAACGCAUGUUGAAAUAGCACAUAGAGCUCUGGAAUUUUUCACCAAACAUGAAGGGAACGUUGAUUAUAGACAGUUGUUACUAAACCACCAAGAUGCAUUUCAGGCCGGGAGCAUUUAUCCUGAUGCUUUUUAUCCUCCAAUCUGCAAACGUGGGAUAUACCAUGAUGUGUCUGAAGAUACUCACUGGUCACCAUUUCUUAAUGCAAGUAUUCACUACAUCAGAAGGAAUUAUCCUCAGCCUUGGGAAGAGGCUACAGAGAAGCUGGUGGCUUUCCUGUUUGGAAUUGCCUCACAUAUGGUGGCAGAUGUUAGCUGGCACAGCCUGGGCAUCAACCAAGGAUUUUUAAAAGCCAUGGGAGAAGUUGAUUUUCAUGGUUCAUAUUCAGAAGCUCACAGUGUUGGAGAUUUUGGAGGAGAUGUACUGAGUCAGUUUGAGCUGGACUUCAGUUACCUGACACCAAACUGGUAUGUACCUGUCAAAGACCUAGCCUCUAUCUAUAAGGAAUUUUAUGGAAGAGAGAUCAUAACUGAAGGCACAAUUACUGACUGCACUUACCUGCUGUUUCUUGAGCUACAUGGAGAAAGGCUUGCUGUUGCCAAGCUCUUUCCAACAUAUGCUAGUAAAUCUCCAUUUCUGGUGGAAAAGUUCCAUGAAUAUUUCCUUGGAGGAGUAGAUGACAUGGCAUUCUGGACAAACAAUAUUUUUGAGCAGAUGAGCCGAAUGCUGGAGAAUGGAGUCAGUGGCUGCUUUCUGCCUGAGAACCCUCUGUUUAUAAACUGUACAAGGGACCACAAGGAUAACUACCUAAGCAAACACUCAAAAAAUGAACAUCACAAAAAUACAACUUCUUCACUUCCAAAGACAUUUGAAAAGAAUAUAACGUAUACAGAGAGAGGAGUUCACUUCAAUAUACAGUCUUGGGCAACAAAUUCCCUCCGAUUCAUAAAUCGUGCUUUUGCAAAAACUGUCUGGAGAGUGAUAGCAACUACACAUCAAAAAUCUUCUAAGUACAUCCCUAAGCCAGUAUCUUCAUAUUUUCUUGCUUCGCCAUAUGCUAGACUUGGAUGGGCAAUGAUUUCAGCUGACAUGAACCAGGAUGGAUAUGAAGAUCUGGUAGCUGGAGCACCGGGGUACAGCACACUGGGCCACAUUCAGAUAGGAAGGGUGUAUAUAGUCUAUGGCAAUCGUUCAGGUUUGCCACAAGAAGACAUGGAUCUAGAUGAAAAAGCAGACCAAGUACUAGAGGGUCAUCAGCCUUCAGGCAGAUUUGGUUCUGCAUUGGCAGUCCUGGACUUCAAUGAGGAUGGACUGCCAGAUCUGGCAAUUGGAGCACCUUCUGUGGGAUCUCAGUUUCUCAGUUACAAAGGUGCUGUGUAUGUCUAUUUUGGAACUAAGGGAAGAGGCUUGGCAUCUCAACCAAACAUGACCAUAACUUGUCAGUAUUCCUACUGUAAUCUUGGUUGGUCCCUCCUGGCAGCUGACAUUGAUGGAGAUCAAAAUGCUGAUCUGGUUGUUGGCUCUCCAUAUGCACCUGGUAGUGGUCAACAGAGAGGAUUUGUAGCUGCAUUUUACUCUUAUUUCAACAGAAGUAACCAAGGGCUCCUGUCUAUAGAGGAUGCCAACUGGAUGGUGAAUGGGGAAGAAAACUAUGCUUGGUUUGGAUUUUCACUUCAUAGCUGUCAACUGGAGAAUGCAACAUUACUGCUGAUUGGUAGCCCUACAUGGAAGAAUUGUUUUGAGUGCAAUCCCUUCUCAUCGGACGUCAGACAAAGUGUCGGGAAAGUGUAUGGUUAUAACCCACCAAGCACAAAGCCCUGGUUUACAAUAACUGGAAACAAGGCAAUGGGCAGAAUGGGUCUGUCACUGGCCAGUGGUGUGAUGUCUGUGGCUGGGAUCACCAGGACAGUAUUGGUGGUGGGGGCACCUACUACAGACAGUCUAUCUAGGAUUUCAUUUUUGUCCUCGGUGUUGCACCAAGCUGGACUAGCUCUGAUAUAUGAUCUGGCAGACAGCACCAAGCCUUCUCUGCUCAGUACAUUCAGUGGGGACAGAAGGUUUUCUCGCUUUGGAGGAGAUGCAUACUUAAGUGACCUGGAUAAUGAUGGACUAGAUGAAAUGAUUGUAACAUCCCCCCUGAGAACUAAUGAUAUCACCACAGUACUGCUUGGUGGGACAGCUGGCCGUGUUUACAUCUAUAAUGGAAAUCAGUCAUCUUCAGGGAAUGUGACAGACCACUGCAAAUCAUGGAUAUCUCCCUGUCCUGAGGACUGGGCACAGUAUGUCCUCAUUUCUCCUGAGGAACAAUCAAGAUUUGGAAGUUCUGUCAUCACUGUGAAAUCUGAAAAAAAGAAAGAAGUCGUAGUGGCAGCAGAGAGAAGUUCAGCGAAAGCUCGACUUGGUGGAAGGCUUUUUCUCUACUCAUUCUGAAUAGUCCUGGUGGUCUUUAAGACCAGGGCAAAACUGGUCUUUUAAGGAAGAAUCGCUGUAAUAUCUGUGAUACUUUCCUCAACCCCUUAACAAAUCAACAAAAACAUGGCAGCAAACUUCAGUAGAUACGUGGUACAGAUAGCUAGGUAGCACCCCACAUAGUAUCCAGGGAGUGAGGCAUGCUCACUGAUCUUAAACCAUGGCAAACUUUCACAAGUGAAUUACCAGAACAACUUUUUGUUGUGAGGUUAACCAAAAGGAUUUAUUAAUCACUGUUUAGCAGCAAACACUCUACUGCUUACUACACAACUAAUAAUUAAGCAAACAUCAAAAUCUAACACAUUUUCCUUCCCUGAAAUUACUGCUAGUUGCUGCCUUAAUAUCUUUGUCUCCCCUGUAGCCCCUUUAGCUACAGGACCUAUUGUACUUUUGUAUUCAAAUCUUGUUAUUUUUACUUUUCAUUGGUGAUGUUUAACAGAAGUUCUUUGAGCAUCUAUACUUGAGAUUAUUGACAUUUGAGGUCCUGUACCAAAUAAAAAAAUUACUAUUUGUCUUUAGGGGCUGACUGGGACAUAAAUGUGAGAGUCAUCUGUGUUAUCCCAUUGUUAAGUUUCAUUUCUUCAGACAGGCAGCCCAAAUACUAUUCAGGGCUUACUUGUUUGUUUUUUUUUGGCUGCAGUGUUUGCAGUUCCUCCUUAAGAGGUCUGAAAUGAUCAUUCCCAUGGGUUUGGAGAGCAGGUGGUUGUUUGGUUUGCUUCACAUUUCCUGUUACUCUUUGUUUUUGAAAGGCUGGGUGUAGACCUGGGUAUAGCUCCAUUUGGUCAGUCCUAUAUCACUACCCAAGGUGUGCUUCAAGCACUUCAACAUUUUCUCCAAAGCUUAUGCCUCUCCUAGGAACUUAUAAUUUUGUUUGUUAGGGGGUGUUGGGGUGCCUGUUUUACUUGUGUAACCAACCUGCAAUCCACUUGACCUCCUUCCCACCACGCUCCCACCACUCCUGGCCAUGGCACAGGACUACAACCACCUUUUCAAGUUGCUCACCACUGGCUGUUGCAUUUUGCAGAUAACACAAUCUCAGGCAGCUACAUUACCACAGUUGGAACUGAUUUUAAAAUCCAGACAGUUUAGAUCAGUGAAGAGGAAGUGAAUCCAUUGAUCUGGGACAAAAUUGAACGACAGUGCUUCCAAAUUAUUACAUCAGCAUAUUACUGAGGAACACAUGGGAUGUUGUUGUCUAAGAAUUAACCAGUGCAGAAUCUUUUACGAAUGUAAAACAGUGUUUGCAUGAAAUUAAUCAAACCUGUGAUGAUCUCUGUCAUACCAGUGGGGAACAAGAGUGAUGACCAACAGUGAAAAGUAGUAGGCAGAGGAUGCCUGUAAGUUUUCUGGGCAGAUGGAAAUACAACUGUUUGAGAUGAGUGUAAAAGAAAAUAUGAAUGUGGAAGAGGUGUUUAACUGCAUUACAGAGCUAUUCUGUGAGCAAAGAAAGAAAACUUAGUAACAGCAGAAAUAGAAUGAUGGGGUGAAGCUAACAGAAUAGGAGAAGGAAGAUGCAGUGCUGCUCAUGCCCUUUCCCUGCUGAAGUGACUCUGCUCUGACAGGUCAGCCCUUCCACUAGAUUCAGGCAAUUCCACUGGGGAGGGCUUUGGAGGACUUCCUCAGUUUUGUGCCAUUAUUUAAAUAUUGUUUUUUUCUCCAUGUUUUCUAUCAAGAGGCACUGGUACACAACCACUUCAGUUCCCAGAAGGUAUUGGAUGGAGUCUCACCCCUCUCUUCUCUCCUGCUCAUUCCAGUGUGCGUUGUAGACAAGAAAGGACAUUGCCUACCAAGUGGUCUAAUUAACCCAAAGUUUCUAUGUAACAUAUAUUGCUUAAAACAGCUUUGACUCCCUGUUGCUGCUUUGGCUUAUGCCCUUUUUUAUGUCUACCAAUCACAGGCUGAAAGUUCUACUUUAAAUGAAAUAUUUCUUAAUUCAAGUUGGCUCCAGCCUGGCAGCAGCUGCUUCCUUGGGCCUCUUGCUUCGUUUCUCUUGGGCUCCAGGCUGGCAGCUGUUACCCCUGGGGCCUAUAGCUUCACUUUGAAUUCCAGGUUUUUACGGGGGCAUAGGCUCUAUUUUUCUAGGUACCAGGAUUGCAAGUGUUGCUUCUUGAGCCCGGGGUUUCACCUCUCCAGCCCCUGGACUGGCAUCUCAUGCUGCUGCUGAAUUUCAGUUUGCCACCAUGAUCUAGAUCUGUGGCUGGGUCCUUUGAUGUCACCUUGUGCAGCAGCCCGGCUGUACCUGUGCUCUCCUUUAUUUUGUACCAAGGUACAGAAUGUGGGAUUUAUUUGGAAAAAACUUUUUUUUUUUUAAUGGGCAAAACUAAACUCUUUUGAUCUCUGCUUCUGCCACAGUCUUAAAUGAAGGUCUAUGUCUUUUUAGAACAAAAAUAGCGUGAUUCUCCCAAAUAACAAUACCCUUCCUUUUCAGUGCCCUGAUAACAAAUAGGAGAGCUGAAUGUUAGUGUGAAUUUUGGUGGCAAAGCUGUGUUGUUGAGAAAAGGUAUGAAAAUAAAUCUGGAUUGAUGUCUGAAUACAAAAGCUGCUGCAGAAUCAUUCUCAGGAUACUUCUAGGAGAAAGGAAACCUGCUGUUCAACGUAAGGACAUUGAAAGAUUCCUUGCUUGGGUUAUGUGGUGGUGGAGGAUGACCCUUAGUAACAAACUGGUCACACUACCCAGCAACAUUUUUCCAUGCUGGCUUUUCUGGGAGAACAAGCUUAUCCUAUGUCAUAUCUCAUCCAGUUUCUCAAUUGUGACCAAUGAUGUCCUGCAUCAGUUCCACCCGGGCUGAAUGGGCCAGUGGUGAGGCUGGCCAUUUCCACAUUUUGCUCCACGCAUUGCUUUAUUUUGUCCCUUUUUGCAAUGAGGUGUGAUUUUAGAAAAGCAAGAACUCCCCAUGUCAGUGGUUUCAUGGAUUGAGGGUCUACAGAGGCAGGGAUAGGGUAAUUUCCAUGUUCAUUUCCAGGAUGCAGGCUGUUCUUCUAGUGGCAGUAGAAAGUUUUGUUUAGUGAUUGACUUCAUUACAAGGGUGUGCUCUCCAAAAGUCAUCUACCUCAUUUUGGUCUGAUAUAACACGAUCCCCUCCGGUUAGGGACACCACAGAUUUGAAGUUUCACUCUAAACCAAUUUCUGCCCACAGUUCUCCAGAAAUUAUCCAAUUAAAGGAUCCCAGAGGAUGGUUCUAGUGGUAUUUCUCAGGUUGCCUUGUUGAGCUCCAAGAGAUCCUUCAUAGAUUCUGCUGUAAUAGCAGCACUUAGCAUUUCCACUGCACCUCCAUCUCCUGGCUGUGCCGAUUUUUGUUGCAAGUGAAUUAUUUGAGCUUCUUGUAAGGUUAACAGAAAUGACUUAUUAAUCAAUAUUUAAUGGCAUUCAAGUACUCUGCUAAUUAAUACAAAUCUAAUAAUUAAGCUAUAAUUAACACAAAAUGUCACUUAAGCUUGAUAUGCAUCAAUGUUGCAUGCGUAUAGAAACGUAGCUUACCUUGUUGUAAAAAUCAAAUGCAGGUUAUGGUAUCUCUCAAUCUUUAGGAGUAACCUUGAGAGGCUGCUGCUGCUGUCCAGGAGAGCUCAAUGGGCUCCAGUGGCUGCAAAUAUUUUAGAGUUGCUGACUUGCAGCUAAACUUCUUCCUUCCACAGUCAUGCAAUACACAUACAUGCCAUUUUUUCUCUUUCCAUUUGUGUUUUCUCAACUAUACCAGCUCAGCAUAGGAGUUCAGGUCCUUGACUCUACAAUUUCACAAAGUUUGCCUGCAAUAAGACUGCUCAUCAGCAGCAUCUGAGCCAGUACUGCCAGCAGGAGACAGAUGAGUGCAACUGCCACAGGAAUGUAAGCAUUGUGAUGGUUUGACUUACAAACCAAUCAGUCUGAGUCAGUCAUGCUGGGCAAAUUAACUACUGUGAGCGGCAGCAACUCUUGACCUGGUACAGGUAAGCCAGUCUGAAAACUUUUUUGGAGACUAAAAUGAGCAGAAGACUAAAUUUCAGUAGCCAAUUUUGACUGUAUAACGUACGUUGAGUAACUGUGUCACAUUCCAUACUGGUCGUUUAUGGUUUUCCUUGACAGAAUCAAGAAGAAAUAGCAUGUAAUUUACAUUAUUAGCAUACUGUGAUAAAGAUGGGGAUUCUAAGACACCAAAAGUUGCUUUCAAGAUAGUGAGCAUGGAGGAAGGACAGCUAUAGGCCAAAAAGAACAGGUAGAUGCCAAUACGAAAGAUUAUCUCUAGCCAAGUGUUGAGGCCCACACUAAGGGUGUAGCUCAGUUGGGUUCUCCCCAGAAGAGGGCAAUGCAAGACUGAAUAACUUCUAGGAAAUACUUUCACACUCAUGGCUGAAACUAUUCAGAAACCCUUUUUAAUGCUUUUAGGUAAAAUUCCAUGAGCAUGAUAACUUAGAAUUGUGCUUUUAAUGUUAACAGUAUUGCCUUCAGCUGACAUUAACAUUGUCCAGUGCAGGUUAACAGUGUGCAUCAUCUAUUAAAAAACCAGAGCACCAAUAUGUUAUGCUAUUAGUGACAACAAUCCACAGAUACACGUGUAUCUCCAUUUUCUCUUCCUUGUCGCCUUGACAAACACAAGGUAUUAUUUCUGGUAACACAAGUCAGUGGAAUAGCACAGAUUUCUACAGGCCAUACUUAAGGAUAACACAUCUCAACUUGUGUUCUAAAGAAUUCUCUGUCUGGAAGGUUCUCUUAAAAAAAAAAAAAAAAAAAAGAAAA